CUGCUGGUUCUUCUCCACUGUGUGGGCACAACCCUGAAGGCCUGAAGCAAACCCUAAUGGAGGACCCUUGUUAACCCUGGCGUUUUAAGCAGCCAAACAAAUCCAAAUCGUCCCUAGCCACAGUGCCAGCCAGCCCGGAGACUUGAGAGCCACCCCACCCCCACGUGAACGCCAUGGGGUUAUUACCCUCGUUAAAACCUAUGGAUUUCUAGCAUCAUCUCAAGAACCCGGACAAAAAUCUCGCUCGCUUCGACUUGUGAAACCGCUCAGGUCGGAACAAAAACCUCCCAAAAAAAGGGUUCGAAAAGCAGAUGAUAAAGGGCCAUCGGAUCAUCUCGAAUAAAAAAAUUUCGUUUCUUUAUCUCUGUGCCGUGACGGCGGCGGCGACCAUGGCUGGGCUCGAAGCGGAAGAGGAGAACCCGGCGGCGGCGGCGGCGGCGGCGGCGGAGCUUGCGGGCGGCGCGGACGCCAGCUUGAAUGCCUUCUUUGACCACGCGGGAUUGGAGUUGGCGGCGGGCGGAGGGGGGCAAGGGGCGGAGGAAGAGGAGGAGUUGGAGUGGCUCUCGAACAUGGACGCGUUCCCUUCGGUGGAGACCAUGGCGGCGGAGGUGGAGGCGGCGCCGUCGCGUCCUUCGGCGGGGCUGGGCUGCCUGGAGGCGCUGCCCCAUGUGGUGGGGCCGAGGACCAAGGGGCUGCGGCGGCGGCGGCGGGUGACGGCGCCGUGGAGCGUCCCGCCGGUGCUGCCCCCCGCGCCCCCGCCCGCCGGCGGCGCUGCGCCGCGGCGCCGGUGCACGCACUGCGCCUCGGAGGAGACGCCGCAGUGGCGGCAGGGCCCCGCCGGGCCCAGCACGCUGUGCAACGCGUGCGGCGUGCGGUUCAAGUCCGGUCGGCUCUUCCCGGAGUACCGCCCCAUGAACAGCCCCACCUUCUCCCCGCUGCUGCACUCCAACUCCCACCGCCGCGUCCUGGAGAUGCGCCGCCACGUGGAGGAGGAGGCCGCUGCCGGCGGCGGCCGCGCGGGCGCCAGGGCCCGCCGCGCCAAGCGCGCCGCGGCGCGCGCCGCCGCCGUCCCCCACGGCAAGUGAUGCGACCAGCAACCGCCUUCCACCAAGCGAGAAAUGGUCUUUGCUUUCUCGGCGAUGGAGGAUGGAGAUGAUUGGGGAUCAUGAUUAUUACCUUCGCUCUCCAUCCUCAUCUGCGUAGUUUGCGUUUGCAAUUAUUAGUUUUGUUAGGAUUGUAGGAUUAGAGGUUCAAUAGCAGCUGCAGACUGCAGAAGCGAGAAGAGAAUGUCAUCGUGAUCAACAAAUUUCCUGCUGUCCUGCAGCCCCAGCAGCUGCUGCUGUAACAGACUCAUGGAGACAUGGUGAUAAGCUUAAGCUUUGUCUGUCAGGCUCAAAUGGGAUAAGCUCUUAUCA